AUUUAUAGAGACAUACAUACACACACGCAUGUUUUUACGUAUAUGAAAAAACCAAAAUAUGUGUGUGGUUUGUUUUAACAGAUUGGACAACUUGCUUUUAAAGGCAUGAAAAGACUAAACCGAAUUCAAUCUAUAGUUUUUGAGACUGCCUACAACACAAACGAGAACAUGCUAAUCUGUGCCCCUACUGGAGCUGGGAAGACUAACAUUGCAAUGCUGACAGUCCUUCAUGAAAUUCGCCAGCAUGUCCAGCACGGUGUUAUCAAAAAGGAUGAGUUUAAGAUUGUGUAUGUUGCUCCUAUGAAGGCUUUGGCAGCUGAAAUGACAAAUUACUUCAGCAAGCGUCUGGAACCACUCGGCAUUACUGUGAAAGAGUUGACUGGUGAUAUGCAACUGUCAAAAGGGGAAAUUCUGCGAACACAGAUGCUUGUGACUACGCCAGAGAAAUGGGAUGUAGUGACAAGAAAAAGCGUUGGAGAUGUAGCCCUCUCUCAGCUGGUUAAACUCUUGAUUCUGGAUGAAGUUCAUCUGUUGCAUGAAGACAGAGGACCAGUACUUGAAAGUAUAGUAGCACGUACUUUACGUCAGGUUGAGUCUACACAAAGUAUGAUUAGGAUUUUGGGCCUUUCAGCUACAUUACCCAAUUAUCUUGAUGUUGCUACAUUUCUACACGUCAAUCCCUGCAUUGGACUAUUUUACUUUGAUGGCCGUUUCCGACCUGUACCUCUGGGACAAACCUUUAUAGGAAUUAAGACAACCAAUAAGGUGCAGCAGCUGAAUCAUAUGGAUGAAGUAUGUUAUGAAAAUGUACUGAAGCAAAUAAUGGCUGGACACCAGGUAUUUAUUUUUUGCUUUAGUUUACAUUCAGAACAC